GAACAGAGAAAGCGGCUGUGGUAUAGUGUUUAUGUGACCGACCGUUGGUGCUGUGCAGUGAUGGGAAGACCUCUGGCAAUUGCCGAUUCAGAUUGCGAUAUUGAUUUGCCAAGACUUUAUGGAAGUACCGACGAACGUAAAAACAAGAUGGAUUACGUUUUGUUUGUGAAUUUUGUCAAACUUUCGGGUAUUCUGGGCGAAGUGCUGCGCCGGAUAUACUCU